AUGCUUUCAGGCGAUGCCGUCGUAGCCUUCAGCCGCAAGGACAUCUUCAGCAUCAAGAAAGAGAUCGAGAGCAAGACUCCUCACAAGUGCUGCGUCAUCUACGGCUCGCUGCCGCAGGAGACUCGAGCCCAUCAGGUGGCUCCAUAUGCCGCCACCACCCCCCCGAGGUUCGAUUUGUCAACUUGA